GUUCAUACUUCUAUGCUGGUAGAAUCUUUCAUGAAGAUUUGGAGCAGCUUUUUGUUGCUUAAUUAACCAUGCAAAGGUUUAGCCUUUGCACAAGUACUAACAAUACAUUAACGUACUCAUCGCUCUUGUUUUCUUCCAUAAGGAACCACAUUAGUCAAGGUUCUCAUAAAUGUGCUCUUCUUCUGUAUAAACAAACUCGCCGCGAAGGUCUCUAUGAUCCCAGCGUUGUCCCUUUGUUGUUCAAGGCUUGUGUUUCUCUCUCAAUUCUUCACCACGUUAAGGCCUUGCAUGCCGAGUCCAUUAAAGCUGGUUCACAUUGUGAUGUGUUCAUCGGAACAGCAUUAGUAGGAACUUAUUCAAAAUGUGGUAUCCUUGGGGACUCCCGCAAGGUGUUUGAUACAAUGCCUGACAGAAAUGUUGUAACUUGGAAUGCAAUGAUUGGUGGGUACUUGAGAGCUGGGGACAAAGAAUCUGCCUCCUCAAUGUUUGAGGCGAUGCCGGAGAAGACUCCCGUGUCUUGGAGCCAGAUGAUUGAUGGGUUUGCAAGGAACGGGGAUACUGCUGCUGCUAGGAGGUUGUUCAAUAAGGUUCCGGACGAGGCAAAGAACGUAGUGACGUGGACUGUGAUGGUUGAUGGGUAUGCUAGGAAUGGGGAUAUGGAAGCUGCCAGGGAGAUCUUUGAACAGAUGCCAAUUAGGAACUGCUUUGUGUGGUCAUCUAUGAUUUGUGGUUAUUGCAAGAAGGGCAUUGUCGAGGAGGCUGGGGUGAUUUUCGAGCGCGUUCCAGAACGCAACGUGGAGAUUUGGAAUUCAAUGAUUGCUGGGCAUGUCCAGAAUGGAUUUGGUGAAAAAGCACUGCAGCUUUUUGAGGAAAUGAAGGGUGAAGGGUUUGAACCGGAUGAAUUCACUGUUGUUAGUGUUUUAUCUGCAUGUUCUCAGCUGGGACUCUUGGAUGCCGGUAAGGAAAUCCAUAACAUGAUAAAGCAGAAAGGGAUGAGGUUGAGUCCCUUUGUUGUGAGUGGAUUGGUUGACAUGUAUGCAAAAUGUGGGGACCUGGCCAAUGCAAGGUUGGUAUUUGAAGCAUCAGAGUCCAUUAAGAAGAACAUCAUCUGCUGGAACGCAAUGAUUUCAGGCUUUGCCAUCAAUGGAAAAUUCCAUGAAGUCCUUGAGUGUUUUGGCAGAUUGGAGGAAUCAAAUAUAAAGCCUGAUUCAAUCACCUGUCUCAUUGUGCUCUCUGCUUGUGCUCAUGGUGGUUUGGUAAAUGAGGCUUUGGAAGUAGCAGCUAAAAUGGAAAGAUAUGGAAUUGAAAUAGGAAUUAGACAUUAUGGAUGCAUGGUUGAUCUAUUGGGAAGAGCAGGGAGGUUAAAGAAGGCUUAUGACUUGAUAAAGAGAAUGCCAAUGAAACCGAAUGAAGCUGUUUUUGGGGCACUGCUUGGUGCAUGCCGGAUUCAUUCAGACGUGCAAAUGGCAGAACAAGUAAUGAAAUUAAUCAGUGCAAGCACUGUUUCAAGUUCUGAUUCUCUCAAUGUGCUUCUGUUCAAUACCUAUGCAGCUUCUGAAAAAUGGGAGAAAUGUGAACAGAUGAGGAUCAGAGUAGAUGAAAGAAUUCAAAAGACACCUGGGUGCAGUUCAUUCAUCUUCAGUGCUUCGUCCAUGUUCACUUGGACAAAGUAAUAUAUUAAAAACAGAAGGAUUUGAUCUCUAUCAUAAUUGUUUUAUAACUUUGAGCUCCUUGACGAGAUCACCAUGGUUGCUACUUGCUACCCCAAUUUUGGGAUAUUAUCCCAAUAGAUCACUUUAAUCACUGAAGAUAUUUGAGUUAUGAUUAGUGAUCAUUGAUCAAGGUGGUGUUGAGGGCAAAAGACACACUGCUUUGAAGCCAAGGUGUAAACCAACAAGCUGGU